AUCUGAUAAUUGUGUAAGCUCUUUCCUCAGUGAAUUGAACCCUGUUAUAGAAAGACUGUCACCAUUAUUAAUAUCUCACACAUUAUGGGAAUCCUAUAUAUAGCACCCAUUUCACAGCAGAGUAUACAAGAAAUCCCAGAGUUUUACCAGGUUAAAUAUGAUUUGACAGACCUCAUUAUUCCUGAAAUGCAAAAAGAGUAAAAAAAAAGAAAUAUAGUCCUAAAAAAAAACCAAAACUCGCACAAACCUCAAAUGAACCAAAACCCUCCCUAGUGCUCACAUAAUUGUAAGAAUAAUUGCGAACUGAUAAAUUGGUUUGGACACAUAUGAAAUUGUCUUGGAUAAACCCAUGAGACAUCUCAUCUACCUUGACUGACGCAAAUGAUCUCCAGAUGCAUGUUUCUAAUAAUCUUGUGAGCAACUCAAAGCCCAUAUGAGUCCUCUGAAGUUGUAUCAUUUACAGGUAUGUGAAGCAUUCCCAGACCCUCCAACCAACUCAGCAUCAGCUGCUUCUGUGUGACUGGGUCCUGAUUAAAGUCCUCCCAAGACUUCAUCGGAUCCACGCUCAAGAGGACUCUACCAGGUUUUCCUGACCCCCCCCACAUCGCUCUAAAGUGCCAACGCCUUAAGACUUGGUCACUGUAUAUAAAUGCCUUGUUUCCUGCGUCUGCGGGAAGCAUGAGUCCGUUGGGACUUGGGACAAGAAGAAAACAAGACAUCCUCACAAGGAAAACCAGACAUUAAUAAAAAGUGUUCCCAAGUCUGAAGAGACAGAGCACAGACAUGACCGACAGAGGACUUAGGAAUGCUCCAGAGGUCUCUCAAAAGGAUUUGGAAAAUGAUGCAUCAGUAGAUUCCCAGGCACAGGAAGCCACAGUCACGAGUGCCUCUGAAGAUGCUCAGACCCCAACCCCUGCCUCUGGGCUUAACACAGACCACCAAGAGGUCGAAUCAAUAGGUCCAGGAGGUGCAGAUCCAAGUGAUCAAGCAGCAGGUCCAAAUGAAACAAAUUAUGGGAACCAUCCAAAGGAUGAGACGGAACAUGAGGACAACCAGAGUUUUCAGGAUGGAGAGGAAGGGCAUCAACUCUCUUCAGAAAGUCCGGGUGAAGAAUCCUCGGCUCCAGAGCCCAACUGUUCAAGUGACGAGCCAGGAGGAGCAGGUACCCUCUCAGGGAGCAGCUGUGCAGCCCUCCUUGAGGAAGUGAGUGACCAUCCUGGAGUGGCACAGGAGCCAGCUGCUGGAGACCCCCAGGAUGCACCCCGCUCUGGUCACCCCAGGGCAGGGCUGGAGGUCCAGGAUACCCUGAGGCGACGACUGCCUGCGCCAGAGGCUGAAAGUCAUCAACAAGAAACACAAAAAUUGGAAGAAAACAAAGAGAGUGCCCAGGAUGCCAUAAGAAAGAUGAAUAAAAAGGAUAUUUUGAGCUAUGCCUCCAUCUUUCUUGGCUUCCUGGUUGUGACUCUUAUUCUGCUAAGUUCUGUUAGUAGCUACUAUUCCUCUCCAGCCCAGCAUGUGUCCCAAAACCCAGCUUUGGAGGCCUUCUUGGUUCAGUUCAGCCAGUUGAAGGAUAAAUUUCCCGGCCAGAGUUCAUUUUUGUGGCAGAGAGGACGUAAGUUUCUCCAGAAGCAUCUCAACGCAUCCAAGCCCACUGAGCCAGCCACCAUCAUAUUGACAGCCGCUCGAGAGGGAAGAGAGACCCUGAAGUGCCUGAGCCUCCACGUUGCGGACGCCUACACCUCCUCCCAGAAGGUCUCUGCCAUUCACAUUGAUGGGGCUGGAAGAACCUUGCAGGACAGUGACACAGUCAAGCACUUGGUUGAUGUGGAGCUGAGCUCUGGGUUUGAGAAUGGCCAGAAGGCUGCUGUGGUUCACCACUUUGAGUCCCUGCCUGCAGGCUCUACCUUGAUCUUCUAUAAGUAUUGUGACCAUGAGAAUGCUGCCUUUAAAGACGUGGCCCUGGUUCUGACUGUCCUACUAGAGGAGCAAACGCUAGAAGCAAGUCUUGGCCCAAGAGAAACUGAAGAGAAAGUGAGAGAUUUACUCUGGGCCAGGUUUACCGACUCUAACACUCCCAGCUCCUUCAACCACAUGGACUCGGACAAACUGAGUGGGCUGUGGAGCCGCAUUUCACACCUGGUGCUGCCCGUCCAGCCAGUGAAGAACAUAGAAGAGCAAGGGUGCCUUUUAUAAGCUAAGCACAGAGUUGGUUAGGUUAGGAAGGUGGCAUAGGCUUAUUAAAAAUUCAGCUUAAAAGCCUUCCGCUUAUGUGGAAUGAUGUUGAUGAAUGUUAGGAAAUAGCCUGGAAGGCACAAGUAAGCUUUAGGAAAGAAUUUUCAUUUUUUGCAUUUUGUAAAACUUUCUAAUCUAAGCUUGACAAAGCUAAAAAGUUGACCUAACUUUAUUUCCUUUGCCUUUCAAGCAAAUCAGGUUUGAAAUAUAGCACGGUAUAUAUACCUGAAGAAAAUUUUUUUUAAAUCCAAAAACAGUGACAGAAUCAUUGCACAGGAAGAUAAGCUGCUCAGAGUAACUACAGAGUGAUUUUUGUUUUCUUGAGACUCUAAGCCUUUUGGAUAAGGAGCCAAGUGUUUGGACUUGGGCUGAAGCAAUUUCAGUUAUGAAGCAAUGAUAGUUUUUCUAUUACAUGUUAAAUAUUUUAAAAACUCAUUUUGAAAACCUAGUUUUAGAAUUACAUCUUACACUAAUUUGCACUUCUGAAUAGCAAAGUGGAAAUCUGAAUUCAACCCUUAACCUAAAUGCUAUAUGUAAGGCACUGUACUUUUCAUUCCGUUAAUGAGCUAAGGUAAAAGCUGCUGCACAUGAGAAAUGUUCUUGAAAAUUGGAAACUAUGGGGGAAGUAUUUAAAGGCAUUGAAAGGAAGAAAUUCCAACUGGUUCUAUCGUUAGUUUUCUUGAGUGACUUAGAGCAGUUCAUUUUCAAACUAGGUCCACUGCCCUUUUCCUCAGAGCAGUUCUGCUUUUGACUGAUUUAUGUGUUGGGAUUCUCCAUAAGAUUUAAUUGGAACAAUGAGUUCCACUGAUAAUUAAGUUGGAAAAUCACUGAUGAAGUGAAAAAAAACCUCUUAGAAAGAUAGGUAGGAAAUGGGUAAAAAAAAUGAAUGUAUUAAAACUCGUGAGUAGGAAGAGAAGCAAAUACAGGUUUACUGUAUAGACAAUGCUAUUUAUGAAAGAUAAAGACCCACAGAUGAACAGCAGAAUAUAUAGACUAGUACUUACUAGCAAUUUCUGAUGCUUUCGUUAAUUUCUGCUAGUCAACAUUUCUUUCUCUCCUGAGUAGAAUUUUGUAAUUUUCUAGGAUGAGAGUUUGAGUUCCCUGUAAGCAGAACAGAUUUUAAUAACUAACUGAAUAGAUUUUAUAUUGUAUGUGAGUACUUCACCAUCCUGUUUACUUGUUGUGCAGUGAUGGAACAUUAUAUAAUGCAGCUCAUUUCUUGAUCAGCUAGUUAGAAGUACUGUUAGGUUAACAGAGAAAUGCAGGAGAUAUGGCUUAGUGAGAGGAAGCAGAAUGCUGUUAGACGGAUUCCAAGAGAUUUUAAUGGCCAAUAUUAACUGUUGAACCAUGUCCUGUGAUUGUAAGAAAGAUUCACAACUGUAUUGAGACAGUAGUUGUUGAUUUGCAUUUCCGCUCUGAAAGCAGAACUCUAGUAACAUGAUCGUGACCUAAUGAGGGGUCUGUUCCAUUACAUGACACACCUAGGAUGUAGCACCAUAAUUCUGGCAUAUUUCAACUAGGUUUAGCCUCUCUGCUGUUAUGAGAGCAGAAUAUACAUAUAUGUGAAUAUAUGUGUAUGUGUGUAUUUAAGAAGUCACAUGAUUAUUAAGUAUGGAUUUUCAGAAAAGCUACGACCAUAUAGGGAUCUUUAUUGAUAACCUAAAGAGAGAUCACAAAAAUAUGGGGAAACAGGUAAAUCUGUUCUAACCAAGGUGUUAAGGUGAGCAUAAUUGGUAUAGAGGCAUACCUAAAGGGACGCUUUUCAUUUAAGACUUUGUGAAGGAAUCUUCCAAUAGAUUUGAGAAAAGAUGUGCCUGAAGAAAAAGUUAAGGCAAGGUGGAUAUUAGUAUCACUAUUACUCCAAUCUAAAAUCAGAGGAAACUAAAGACAAUCAUAUACCACAUCUGAAUUUGUUGUGUGUCUCUAGCUCUCAGUGCUAGCAUUACAUUACACAAAACCAGCGGUGCCUUGUAGAACUGUUAGGUCGGCCUGCUGACCCGUCUACCUCAGAUCUAUGAAGGGCAGCAUGAAGUGUGCGUAUCUGUCAGUGACUCAAAUCACAGUUGAAACAAAGAUUCUUGUUUUUCAUUCGGUUGAAUAUAGUUUUUUGUUUCCUUUGACUAUAAUUUAGAUGAAGAAAUGUCAAAAAGUCACACUUUUUUUUUUUUUUUUACUGCUUAGCCUCUGUUGAAAAAGACUUCUUCCAUGUGUAAGUGCACUCAUCUGAAGCUGUUGCCAGUUUCCAUCCACUCUUUCAACAUUCAUUUUAAAAAGAAGCAGUGUAUUAAUUCGCUCUGGGUCUUCUCAUGAGUAAAAUGACUAUUGUUAAACCAUAAAGCUUUGUAUUUUUUAAGUGUACAAUUAAAUUCAAUCUAUUAUUUAAUGUACUCUUAGGUUAAUUUCUAUUCAAUUAUUUCUAUUUUUUACAUUUUUUAAGUUUCCAAAUGUUCUUUUGUGUCUCUAGCAGUUCUUCUUCCAUUAAAUAGUAAUACAUGGUUUGCUUAUUUUACUUAGAACAACGAUUUGUGGGCCAUGAUACCACACCUGAUACCCAAACAUCACUGUUCGCUUAUUAUUGCAAAACAAUUCUCAUUAUAUUAUUAUUAACAUAAGUCAUUUAUUAAAUGAUACCAGAGUUCUAGAAGCAAGUGGUAGAAUCAGAAACUAUCUCUGGAUUUGAGUUCUUCCUCUGGGGUAAAUUUUAGGUUUCCCAGUUGAGUGUACAAGGGUUGCCAGAGAAGUUCCAGGAGAGUCAUAUCAAUACAGGUGGUAAUGCUGUUGUUUCUGUUUCUACUUUUUAAGGCAAUAUAAUAAAUGUUUUUCAUUUGAAAGCCUCCAAGGUUGUAGUGGUGAGGCUCACCAUGCCUGUGGCCCACCGUCCUCCAGCUAAUGACCCAGUUGAACAGUAUUAGCCUCUGAGGUGGUUUUUAUUUACUCUUUCACAGUUUUAAUUGUUGAUUUUAUACUUUUAGCUAUUCAAGGCUUCCAUAAUGAGCACUGAUGUUAAAAUAUAACAGACAAAUACAGCAUGUGAAAAGUGAUAACAAUUCACCAACAUGAUCUUCACCAGGACUGUAUUUGUAUUCAUCUGACCAAAAUUCAUAUGUAACAUAUGCAGGUGUAUAGCACUUCAAAAACUAAUAUUAAAUAGAAAUAUUACAUAAUUGAUAAGGGUUAUCAUUCAGUGCAAAUAAAGCUUAAACCCACAGUUUAUUUGUAGCAACAUGCAGUUUCAAAUAGCAGCCUGAAACCAUUUUUACACUUCCACAUUUUACACUUUGAAGCCUGACAUCUGAACAGCCAGCCAGUUCAAAGCUACCACCUCAGGAAGAUUACCAACGGCUGGGCUCCCUCCCAACUGGAGGCCAUUCAAGGGAUUGGGGUCUGGCUGGAGUCUCACAGGCCUUGAGGGCUGACAGUGCAGACCUCCCAUGAACAAGCUGGAAGGCCAGGUUAGCCAGUGAUCUGGAACAAGGCAAGUGUCAGGAGAGGGGAGGGUCUCAGUGUGGGCUAUUGGGAAGCCUAGCAUUGGUAUAAUUCCAAGCCUUACCCUACACAUAUACAGAUACUACCCCAGCAGGCAGAGCUACAGGAAUCCGGACUCUUGCCAGGGAGAGCCUAGGGGGGCUGCUUGGAAUCCAAUAAGUGACACGAGGGAGCCUUGGAUGCUGGAGAAGCCUGAGACCUGCUUGGGAAACCAGUCCAAAUGGGGACUGACUUGUGUAUUUAAACUACCACCUCAGAUUUUCAAGAGGUGGCCUCCCUCCACCCUGGAUGCCAUUCAGGGUUUUGGGAUCCAGCUGGGUCUACAUAGGCCUAGAGGCCCAGCCUGCCCAAGGACUGCUGACAGGGGGACUUAUCGGGCAAGGGAAGAACAGGUCAGGGUAACCAGGGUCCUGGAACAGGGUAAGUGUCUGGAGAGGCCUUUCAUAGCAGGUUAUUACAGGUGCCUGACAUCUACCCAAUUCCAAGCCUUAACCUACACAAAUGCACGUAUUUCUCCUGAAGGGAAACGUGAGGGAAUCUGGACUGGUUGCUAAGGCCAGAAGAGGAGGAAUGGCCAGAAUAUCCUCUAACAGACACCAGGACCCCAUCAGAAAGCCAGUCAAAAUGGGGACUAAUGAUCCCCACCUCAGAUUUUUGAGAGGUGCAUUCCCAUCACACUGGAGGCCGUUCUUGGGGUUGGGGUCCAACAGCUCCACAGGCCCCGAGGGCCCUGGCAGCCCACAGCUGGCCAUAGAGAGUACACUUUGCAUGAACUGGCUAUGCAGGGAUGUGAAACAGGGCAAAUAUAGGGAGAGGCCAGGUCACAGUGGGCUAUCGGGGGUGCUUGGCAUCUGCUUCAUCCCAAGCCUUAACCUGCACAAAUGGGCAUAUUCUGUAGGCAGAGCUGGAGGAAUGGGGAUGACCUUGCCAGGACAGGACAAGAAGGGCCUUCCAAGAAAUAAAACAAUAUAAAAAUAAACCAGUAUAUCUUUGUAAAGGCCUCAAUAUA